AUGUCUGUCCAGGGAUGCCCGCUAUUUAAAGAGCCCCGGUUGCAGAGUCCUUACCGUUUCUUUGAUGACAACGGCACAUACAGGUACGUGGAAUCGCAGUCGGUGAAGCUGGACACCGCCACGGGAGCCAAGGUCAACGACGACGACGUGGUAUCGACCGUAGGCUUUGAAAACCAGCAUGCUACACUAAACAGAGACCUUAUAUCCAAGCCGUUCGACAACGAGAACAAACCUGUGCUGCAAAUCGUUGGGUUCCGCAAAAUCGAGUAUUUUGUGCACCACUAUUCCGUCGGGACGCCUGCGCUGGUCACUCCGAGCGACCUGGAGCAGUACACACACUCGCGCCGCUCGUUCUCGGCACUGUACCAGGCGCUCACAGCAAAACGCAAAUUAGCUCUUGCGUGGGGGUCCACCCGCAAAAACCAGGCCCCCACAUCGUACUAUCUGGUCCCCACAGCCGCCUCUCUGGGGUACAGCACCAGCAUCGAGCCGUACCCCGAGGGCCUUGCGCUCAUCCCACUCCCGUUCAAAGACGACGUGCGCUGUCUGCCCGGAUAUCUGCUGCAGAUGGAGCCGAGUGCGCCGAUAUUCCCCAAUCAAAUCGAAGACCUCGUUACAGAGAUUAUAGACAUCUUCAAGCCGCUACCAAAUCCCCAGAUCGAGUGGUACUUCAAAGUUUUGGAGGACCAUCUGUUGCAGCGUGAGGUUGACUACGACCCGCAGGUCCCGCUGGAAAUACAGAAACAGCAGAUGGUCAAUAAGCAGGACCAGUUAAAGAAAAAGUGCAUGGAGUUGCGCAACCGGCUGGGAAACUCCAAGAAGCUGAGCCUGCUAGUGGCAGCAGUGCGUGCAGAGCUGAACAGAAUGGACAAUUUUCAGCAGCUGAACGUGGAGCCGACGCGCGAGGACAAAAAGGCCAUGUUGUUGACCGACGACAUCGUGCUCAAGGCCUACAAGCUGGGACAGCUGAACGAUUUCACCUCAGACCAGCUGAAGGUGUAUGUGAACUCGAAGGCGAACCUGAUUCCGAAGGCGAAGACCAAGAAGGAGAUGCUGGAGAACAUUACGGACUAUCUGGACCGGACGGUAGGUUGA